CAGCCACGCCUGCGCAGCUGCCCGCGCCGGCUUCCGGGUGGAUAGCAAGAUGGGGCCAGGGGCCGACGGUGCGGAGUAGUGGCCGCGAGUGGGCGUGUGUUGCGGGAGGUCCGCCAGCCGCGGGGUACCUGGGAGCUGCGCGGUCGCGGACAGAGCCUGCGCCUGCAGCCCGUCUGGCCGCGGUGAUGUCGGCCGAGGCCUCGGGCCCCGCGGCAGUCGCCGGGUCCCUGGACGCCGCCAAACCCUCGGGUCCGGAGCCUGGCUCGCCCACGUUCAGUCUGAAGCCCCUGACCCCGAACAGCAAGUACGUGAAGCUGAACGUGGGCGGCUCGCUGCACUACACCACGCUGCGCACUCUCACGGGCCAGGACACCAAGCUCAAGGCCAUGUUCAGCGGCCGCUUGGAGGUGCUCACCGACGCCGGAGGUUGGGUGCUGAUUGACCGCAGUGGCCGCCACUUUGGUACAAUUCUCAACUACCUGCGAGAUGGGUCGGUGCCCCUGCCUGAGAGCACCCAAGAACUGGGGGAGCUACUAGGUGAAGCCCGCUACUACCUGGUACAGGGCCUGAUUGAAGACUGUCAGCUGGCACUGCAGCAAAAAAGGGAGAACAUGUCUCCACUGUGCCUCAUUCCCAUGGUGACAUCUCCCCGUGAAGAGCAGCAGCUUCUGGCCAGCACCUCCAAGCCGGUGGUGAAGCUUCUCCACAACCGCAGUAACAACAAGUACUCCUAUACCAGUACUUCAGAUGACAACCUCCUGAAGAACAUCGAGCUGUUUGACAAACUGGCCCUGCGUUUCCAUGGGCGGCUGCUCUUCCUCAAGGAUGUCCUGGGGGACGAGAUCUGCUGCUGGUCUUUCUACGGGCAGGGCCGCAAAAUCGCCGAGGUGUGCUGCACCUCCAUUGUCUAUGCCACGGAGAAGAAGCAAACCAAGGAGGUCUGCAGAGCCAGGAGCAGUGGUAAUCGCAGCAUUCAGGAGGCUGAGGCAGGAGGAUCAUGAAUUCAAGGCCAUUGUGGGCUACACAGUAAAAGACUCUAUCAAAAACCAAGAAGAAAGAUCCAUGAUUAUCUUUAGAACCUGAGAAGGUCAAUUACCAAAGAUGAGUUUUUGUUUUGUUCUGGUAAUACUCAGGACCUCAUGCGAUCAUGCAGGUGCUGUACUACCGAGUGACUUCCCUACCCUUCAUCCUUUUUGGUUUCCUUUGAGACAGGGUCUCCUUGUAGCCCCAGCUGGCCUGGAACUCUCUAUGUAGACCAGGCUGGCCUUAGUCUUACAGAGAUCCACCUGCCUCUGCCUCCCAAAUGCCGAGAUCAAAGGUAUGUACAACCAUGCCCAACUUAUUUUGUUUUGAGACAGUCUCACAAAGCUGUACAGGCUGCCCUUGAACUUGCAAUUGGCCCGCCUCAGCCUCUCCAGUAGCUGGAAGUAUUGACAGGGUCUUAAAACCUGUAGGACCACAUGGCUUCUAGUAACAUCGAGUUUGUGGCUUCUUGUGAACAUGGUAGCCCUUGGCAAAUGUUUCUAAGUACCCACUCCAUUAGGCACAGCCCAGACUCAACCAAAGGCACAAUGUUCUAAAUAGGAUGCAAGACCCUCCUCUGUGGUCCCUUCUGAACUUGUGACGAGGGAUGUUUCCCCUUUCUCUGUCAGCCUAAUGAACUUGUACUUUAAGCCUAAGCCAAGCAUCAUUUUUCUUUGGAUAUAUUUGCUCAUGAACUUUGAACCUAACUACCCCAGACAGAGUUGGUUGGUCAAACUCCCUUUUUAUCUAAACAAUGUUUGCUGUAGCCUGUAGUUUGGGGGCAGCGGUUGCAGGGUAAUGCUGCAUGUUUUUCUUUCCUGUCUCUCUUAGCAUCAGCCUGGUAAAGGGCACAGAAUGAAUGCCCCAGAUUCCAGGAGGGUUUUUUUUUUCCUGCAAAAACAGGAAGACACAAAUCAUUAGACUGUAGCUUAAGAGGAGGAUGUAGUGGUACACACCUGUAAUCCCAUCUACUUGGAAGGCUGAGGCAGAAGGAUUUUAAAUUCAAGACCAUCCUAGGCAACGUAGCGAGAUCCUGUCUUAAAAUUAAAUCACUAAUAAAUAAGGGUGUAGGUGUAGCUCAGUGGUAGAAAUGCAUGAGGCUCUGGGCUCAGCCCUCAGCACUGCAAAGAAGGAAGGGUGGGCUACGUUCAUCAUAUUCUUCCAAGACCAUCAUGGAGGACCACUUUUGCCACUUCAUUCCUUUCUGGUCUCUUUCAUCAUUUCAUCUCAAUGAUAUUUCUAGGAAUAUUCCUUACUGAGCUUUUACACUUCUUGUAGCCCCUCUGGUCUGUUUUCUCUAGCUGUCUGCUUUCUUCCUUUUGGUCAAACAUCACGUUCUCAACAGGGUCUUCUCUAAACUCCCUCUUCAAAGAUAAACCACUCCUAGCAAAGGACAUUCUAUCUCCCUUUCCUUCACUAGCUUUCUGCAUAGCGUGUCAUCAUAUGAUUUAGUGUAUAUUUCAGGAAUUGUGUGUUUGAGGUCCCCCCCCCCCGCACUUCCAACUUGUCUACGGCAGCCAUUUUUAUUCACUGCUAUAUUCUCAGUGUCCAGAACAACCCCUGGGAUCAUGCCAUCACUCCAGAUUUGUCAGGUGAAAGAACAAACCAAGAGACUGGGCAGUAACAAACUACCCUAAUACCUAACUUAGAGCCUGGGUAUAUGUGGGUGGGGGUUGGGGGGGACACAGCAGCUACCAGGGAAGGGUUAUGGAAGUGGACCAGAGAGUAGGAGCUGGGGGUUGC